AUGAAGUGCUCCCUGCGGGUCUGGUUCCUCUCCAUGGCCUUCCUGCUGGUGUUCAUUAUGUCUCUGCUCUUCACCUACUCACACCACAGCAUGGCCGCCCUGCCCUACCUGGACUCGGGGGCCCUGGGGGGCACCCACCGGGUGAAGCUGGUGCCGGGCUAUGCCGGCCUGCAGCGCCUCAGCAAGGAGGGGCUUGUGGGCAAAAGCUGUACAUGCCGUCGCUGCAUGGGUGACACUGGGGCCUCUAACUGGUUCGACAGCCACUUCGACAGCAACAUCUCCCCAGUCUGGACCCGAGAGAACAUGGAUCUGCCCCCGGACGUGCAGAGGUGGUGGAUGAUGCUGCAGCCCCAGUUCAAGUCACACAACACCAACGAGGUGCUGGAGAAGCUGUUCCAGAUAGUACCGGGCGAGAACCCCUACCGCUUCCGGGACCCCCACCAGUGUCGGCGCUGUGCCGUGGUGGGAAACUCAGGCAACCUGCGGGGCUCUGGCUACGGGCAGGAUGUGGACGGGCACAACUUCAUCAUGAGGAUGAAUCAGGCACCGACUGUGGGAUUUGAACAGGAUGUUGGCAGCCGAACCACCCACCAUUUCAUGUACCCUGAGAGCGCCAAGAACUUGCCCGCCAACGUCAGCUUCGUGUUGGUGCCCUUCAAGGCCCUGGACCUACUGUGGAUUGCCAGCGCCCUGUCCACAGGGCAGAUCCGAUUCACCUACGCCCCAGUGAAAUCCUUCCUUCGAGUAGACAAAGAAAAGGUCCAGAUCUACAACCCCGCCUUCUUCAAGUACAUCCAUGACCGGUGGACGGAGCAUCACGGACGCUACCCUUCCACAGGGAUGCUGGUGCUCUUUUUUGCCUUGCAUGUGUGUGAUGAGGUGAAUGUGUACGGAUUCGGGGCCGACAGCCGGGGCAACUGGCACCAUUACUGGGAGAACAACCGGUACGCGGGCGAGUUCCGUAAGACGGGUGUGCACGACGCGGACUUCGAGGCGCACAUAAUUGACAUGCUGGCCAAAGCCAGUAAGAUCGAGGUCUACCGGGGCAACUGA